CAGAAAAGGAGGGGGGACACCCACACCCACACUGGCUCCACUCUUUGUCUGAAGCCCGCCGGGUACAACGCACACAAAACCACACGACGCCGGAGAAGGAUACCAGCUCCUCCACACCGAGCAGAGAAGACAACGAAUGGCUUGAGCGUGGACUCCUGUGUGUCUGGGCGGCUUUUUUUUUUUGGAGUGGCUGACAAUUUUUCUUAAAAAAAAUAAAAAUAAAAAAAAAAGAUAAAAGGAAGAAACUCAGACCAGCGAAGCAGCAUUGGAAUCACAAGGCUUUGAGGCGAAGUUCUACAGUGCUGAUUGCGCAGCCGCUUGCCCUCCAUUCUGCUAUUAUGUCCAGCAGCUUCUUCUCCCAUCUGUAGAAACUGGGCCACUUCCCCACAUUUCUGAAGCUCUUCCAUGUGGAUUUUCUUGUAGGAGCGUCUCCUUGGAUUUCGUCGAUAAUGUCACAUCAGCUAAAUGCCAGGUGGCUUCACUGUUCCCCACUGAUUUGGCAACAGUGAUCACUUUCUUCUUAAAAGCAGCAGAGUAACUAGAUUUUUUUGCUCAACAUUUUUUUUUUACCAUAGGUAUGAGGACUAUUACAUUCACGGGUGAGGGUUUCUGCCGUCUAGUAAACGAAGAUGCUAAAUCUGAUGCUGUCAAACAGAUCUGAGAUCACCGCUGCUUGACAGGCAAGAUGAGCUGGAGUUUCCUCACGCGUCUCUUGGAUGAGAUCUCCAAUCACUCCACAUUCGUGGGCAAGAUCUGGCUGACGCUACUGAUUGUGUUCCGCAUUGUGCUGACAGCGGUUGGCGGCGAGUCAAUCUACUACGACGAGCAGAGCAAAUUUGUCUGCAACACGCAGCAGCCUGGGUGCGAGAAUGUGUGCUACGACGCCUUUGCGCCGCUCUCGCACAUCCGCUUCUGGGUCUUCCAGGUGAUCAUGAUCACCACACCCACCGUCAUGUACCUGGGCUUCGCCAUGCACAAGAUCGCCCGCAUGGAGGACGUGGAUUACAGGCCGCGGGCCCGCAAGCGCAUGCCCAUCGUGAGCCGCGGUGCCAACCGCGACUACGAGGAGGCCGAGGACAACGGCGAGGAGGACCCUAUGAUUCUGGAGGAGAUAGAGCCGGAGAAGGACAAAGAAGUAGAGGAGAAGCCGAGUAAAAAACACGACGGGCGGCGCCGUAUCAAGAGGGACGGCCUCAUGAAGGUGUAUGUCUUCCAGCUACUGUCGCGAGCCAUCUUCGAGGUGUCGUUCCUGUUCGGGCAGUACGUGCUGUACGGCCUGGAGGUGUUGCCGUCCUACGUUUGCACCCGGUCCCCUUGUCCACACACGGUGGACUGUUAUGUCUCACGUCCCACCGAGAAAACCAUCUUCCUCCUAAUAAUGUAUGCAGUCAGUGCUUUGUGCCUGCUAUUCACUCUCCUGGAAAUCCUUCAUCUUGGCAUCAGUGGCAUCCGCGAUUGCUUCUGCGGACCCCGGACACGCCCCCCAACUCCCCGACACUCGGCGCUGGCUAGCCAGAGAUCCUCCAUCUCCCGACAGCCUUCGGCGCCUCCGGGCUACCACACGGCCCUCAAGAAGGACCCCUCGGGGAAACUGGCCUUCCGGGAUAACCUGGCUGACUCGGGCCGCGAGUCAUUUGGUGACGAGGCUUCCUCGCGGGAGCUGGAGAGGCUGCGAAGGCACCUGAAGCUGGCCCAGCAGCAUCUGGACAUGGCCUACCACAACGAGGAGCUCAGCCCGUCUCGCAGCAGCAGCCCCGAGUCCAACGGAACUGCGGCCGAGCAGAACAGACUCAACUUUGCCCAGGAGAAGCAGACCAGCACGUCUGACAAAGGUAUGCGUGCAUAGGCUCAGCUGACACCGUAAACUGGAGCUGCGGAUGUCAGAUGUCUCCAGAUCGGUGAUUGGACACAAGGGAAACCAACCUGAAUUAGAAUGUGUAUGUUUAUCUGUCUGUAUGAAUGAAACGUGGUGACUUUCUCCGGCUUGAGGUAUAUGAAGAUAGCCCGGGCCUCUCAGUGUUACGACCGGUCCAAGGUCCAAAAAGGAGAACAGUGGUCUCAACCUGACGUUACUUGAGACAAAAAAAAGAUCCAAAGUGCUUGUUUUUGAUAAACGGUUACCAUGUACGUCUCCCUCAGGGCAGCUACUUUAUUUUCUAUUUUAUUUUUUACAUUUUCUAUAUAUAUAUAUAUAUAUCUUUGUUAUGAGACUUAGAGCUAGUCACAAUUUAAGAGUUGGGGCUGUGGGAAGUUCAGUCAAAUGCAUCUCAGCCUUAGAACUGGAAUUCCACUUUUGGGGUGGGUGGGUGGUGGGGACAUGGGGGGCAAAACAGGAAUAGUGUGAAGUUGUGAACGGUAACAAAAGCUUAAUGGGCGAGGCACCUCGUUUAAAAGGAAAGGUACUGGACGAAUGGUUGCAUCAUACAAAGGCUCUCAAGUGUGCUUUUAUACUUUUUAUUUUUUUUCUCUUGGCAAUGUUGCACCAGCUAUGCUAACACUCUGGAGGUGCCUCUGUCCAAAGACGAACAAAACCUGGGUAAUGCUUGAAAAACUCGGAACUCUUAAUGUUGUCCUUUAUUUUAAUCUAUAGUCUUGUCACAAAAUAAAAACCUCGCAUUUAUCACUGCUGUCCUAGCCCCCCUAAUGCCUGAUUGAAUCUCUGGGUUGGGGCACAUUUUUACAAUGUUUUUGGUACAAUUUCCUCUUUUUUUUUCUUCUUUUUUUUGCUCCUUUAAAAAAAAAAUCGGUACACAGCACACUUCAUUGGUUUAAAAAAAAAAAAAAAAAGGGAUAAUUGUCGAUGUUGCUAAAUGACUGGUUGUAAACCUCGCAAUCAUAUCAAUGUGAAUCAAUGCCUUAUUCUUUUUUUGUAUGUGAAGUACACCCAUUCAGUGCCAUUUUGUGCUAACUCAAAUACAGUUGUCUCAAUGUUGUUGUUUUUUUUAAACAAUGCCUUUUUGUACAUUUUUAUACCUUUUUUGUAAUGAUAGUUUUUGUGGUUGGUUUUUAAAAUAAAAUAUUUACCAAAAAACA